AUGGGCGCUGGCGUGCAACUCGAGUCAUACAUUGAUUUGUUGUGCCCGGACAGCAAGUCGGCGUAUCUAGGUCUGAAGAAACUGUCGGAGUAUUAUGAAGGUGACGAACUUUGCAUUCGUUUCGUGUUGUUUCCAUUGCCGUAUCAUCAGCACGCCUUUAAUGCUGCUGAGGCGACAUUUACUAUCACGACGAUUUUGCGGGACGAGAGUUUUACUACGUGGCUCGAAACAAUGUACGCUAAUCAGGACAGAUUUUGGAACAAAGCGACAAAGGACCUAAGCUCGAUGCAAGUAGUCGAAAAAUUGAAGAAGCUAGCUCAAAAAACAUUUCCGUCACUAACGGAUAAACAGUGGGACGAAUACAUGACAGGAUAUGGAGGAACGGAUGUGGACAACCUCGCCCGUGAAUCGUGGAAGUACGCGUGCUCGAGAGGCAUAUCUGGUACACCCUUGUACACGUUGAAUGGUGUCCCGUUCAAGGCUGAUGCUGACUGGACUUUCGAGCAAUGGCGUGAAGUUAUUGACCCACUUGUGAAAUUCAAUCAACACACCAAAAAAUCGCAAGUAGAUGCUCAGCUUUGGAAAAAUGUCCAUUUGAGUGGAUCUCCUCGUACAUUGCCGGAUCGAACUGUUUUACAUCUUGUGCGCGCUGAUGGAUGGAAUAUUGCUGAACAGGCAUGCAAGCAAAAUACUGGUGGCGAAAUUGCAUGCGAAUUCGCUCCUGGUCGUGUCAUGUGCUGCAAGACUGACGAAGUCUGUAUAUUACGCGAGGGAUGCGUCUUGUUGCAAUAA